GGACACGCUACACCGAGCAUGCGCAUACCAUCUGGUAUAGUUAGUAACACCGCGACUUUGACAACUAAUUGGUAUGGUCGAGACAGGCGACACUCCUUCAGAGUUUUUAAUUGUUCGGUCUUCAGAGUGACAACUAUUGGUUGUAAAUUGAUUGCAAAAGUGCCUGUCAUCACUAGAGCGGCUAAAGCCUAGGAGAGCAUUUUGGAACAUGGACAUCUUUUAACUAAGACCUGUGUAUAGUUUGAGAUCCCCCCCCCCCCCCCACACACACACACCCCACCCCCGCUUCAAACUGUAUACUGAUUGGAUUCUAACGUCCUAUACGGUAUUGUGAACCAUUUGACAUCCCGUGACGUCAACACACGACCAACCGGAACAUUCCCCAAUUAACCAGAUAUUAUUAGAAAAGCCGCAAUGUCGACUACACAUUUUGCAAAUAGAACGUUCAGCUCGGACCAAACUGCCGUGGAAGCGAUGUGUAAUGCAAUUGUUGAAGGGGAGAGCGACGAGGACCUGUUUGCUAUGUUUCUUGAAACGGACACAUUCAAGGAUGUUGUUCUUAACUGGAAGCACCCCAGCUUAAACAUAAAUAUCUUUCAGUUUGCGAUUCUGUACGACAGAAAUGUCCUGGUCCAGUUUCUGGGAUUACGCUGCCCAGGUUUUCAUAACGAGAGAGAAAGGUAUCUCUUUCCUAGCCAGACGCCAGGAGACGAUGAGGCCCAAAUACUUGUGAACUGCCCUCUCCAUCUUGUCUGUUGGAUUGGCAGUCUGGAAAUGUUAACGUAUUUGUUAACUUGUAACUCUAACUUUUCUCUAAAAGAUGUCAGUGUUUUGAUGCUGAAAAAGCAGGUUGCGUUAAACAAUGGAAAGGAAAACACAUUGUUUGAGAGAUCGAUCGACCCACUGAAACAAAGAAAGAAACCGUUUGAAGUGUGCAUCGCUGAAAGGCAUUUAGACUGCGCAGUGUACUUGAUGAAUUACUUUUCUAUACCAUGUCAGUCGUUUGCGUAUCUGUAUGCAGGUCUGGACGAUCAGUCGUCUCUGCUCCACAAGGCAUGUUCGAUUGGCUGUGGACCCCUAGUGUUGCUUCUCCUGGAAACUGAAUCUGAAUCCGCAAUCCACUUAACUGACCAUACUGGUAAAACACCUCUUCAUAUUGCUGUCUGGAAUGGCGAUACCGAAUCCAUCAGUCAUCUUCUGCAACAUGGCGCCAAUCCAAAUGUUGUUUGUAAAUCAAAAUCAUGUUUGCAUAUAAUGUACAGGUCGCAUUUUAAUAUUCCCAAAUAUGUCCAAAACACCGCUCUUCUCAUCAAAUAUGGAAUAAAUGUUAAACUGGUGGAUGAUGCUGGGAAUUCGGUUCUUCAUGUGUUGGCAGAGCUGUUACAAAUUAAUAUAUCUUUGAUAAAAAUGUUAAGAAGAGCUGUAUAUGCCAGCAGAGAACUGACAACUGUUUGCACCUCUGUCAUCGAUUACACUCUCGAUAUGUACCACAAGGAUAUCACUGAGUGUUUCCGUCUGCUAAUUUCUAGUGGGGCUGAUCCAAAUAUCAGAAAUUCAAAAGGAGACAUAGCUUUUGAGAUCCUCGCGAGUAUCACGGGUUUCUCCAGUGGCUUGAAUGAACCGUUGAUCUACAAAGCUGCAGAAAUGCUUCUCGAACAUGAAUCAACCAUUGUGUGGUCAACAUUCAUCUCGACUCAUUUGAUGCAUCGCAGCGGACGCAAGGACAAAGUAAAACUAGUCGCACUACUUUGCCAGCAUGGAGGAGACGUUGACCAGCAAGAAAGCACCGAGGACGUUCUGACGGAAUUGUGUUAUCCCGUGUUGUUUUCAAUCCAGAAGCGAGUGGACGUUCCUUGUGUGCAGCUGAUGCUAAACUACAUGUCUCCCGGCCACUUGCGGAACGCGAUGAACUCGAUCUGCGGGACUGUCUUACCGCAGCUACUAUCUAAAGUUACUGUUGAUGCUGACUACGUGGAGCAGCUGGCCGCUUUGGCGAGUGCAAUGCAAGUGAGAUCUCUGAGACACUCGUGUAAAGUAUCUGUUUUGGUGUGUUUGAGAAGACGGUCAGAGAGAUGCAGAAGGUUGCCUCUGCCGAAGUUUCUCAAAGAUUACAUCAUGUCUUCCGAGUUUUAGAGUACACGUUGUCAGUGGCGCAGCGAGGGGACCCCAUGCCCCAACCCACCUCAAUCAACCUUUUAUAAAAUUAUACAUAUACAUGUACAUACAUUGUGUCAAUUAUAAGAAAUAGUGUGUGUGUGUGCGCGCGCGCUGUGCGUGUUUAUAGUGUUAAUGUGUGCAGGCGUAUGCAUAUGUGAUGUGUGAAUGUUUGUGUCGUGUAUAUGUUGGUUGUAUAAUUUUGUGUGUGUGUGUGUGUGUGUGUGUGUGUGUGUGUGUGCAUGGUUUAUAAACUAAACACAUACUAGCUAGUACCAUAUAGCUUAAAUUAUUGAAACAUAAUUUGUGCUAUAAAUUUCACAAGUUUCAAAUAUUGAAACGUAAAUUGUGUUACAAAUGUUUCAAUCCACUUGUGCUCUUUGAUAUGCCCCUUUAUAGAAUUCUUAUGUUUUAGUUAUCAUGGUAUCUGGAGACAUUCUCGGUAACUGAAAACCAUUUUUUUAAAAUAAAGUUAGAGGGAGCAUUCACCUGGAUACGAAUUGUCGUUCGCUUUUGUCAGAUACAAGGUGGAGUAGAGAGUAAGAUCCACCAGAUUGUUCCUGAUGACGUCAUAUUAUAUACUCUGUGCACUGGUUUGCAGGCAAAAAACAAAGAACAAAUUAAGUUGUUACAAUGGAGCAUUUAUUGGUAUUUUCUCCACUUUAUGUAGUCAUUGUUAAUAAUGUACUGAGUAUGUAAAUCAUGAAAUACAAAAAAACCAAAAACAAUUUGAUAUGAAACCCCCCUAAAAAACACCCAUCGCAAACCCCCAGAAAAACAACAAAACAACCUAGCAUCAAGCUAUGUGAUAUUUUGAAUUUACAAUAAAUAUAUGGAGUCUAUUGUCUAUGACAGGUGGUUUCGAAAACGCUACCACGUGAAUAUGUACAAUAAAAUGAGCUUCAUAAA